AUGUUAUGCAAAUUAGGAAACUAAUCGGUUAGGUCAAUUGUAUUACUCAUAAAUGUANGUUCAUUUUCCUUUCAUAAGUAUUCCUAUAUACCUCCUCAAAACUAACUUCGUCGCAACAGUUGUCAUUGUUCCCAUUGUGCCACUUCAAAUAUUAAAUAAAUCACAUUGCCUAAUUAACUAUAUGAAAUUGUCAUGCAUAGAAAAAUCAGACUUGCAAAUUUGCUAAUAGAAAAUUUCUAACCUGCUGAUAAAUUUUUGAGAUCAAAACAUAAAUACAAGAAUUUUCAAAUAUUCCCACGUAAUAAAUAAUAAUUAUUUUCCAAUUCCAAUCAUCUAUCUUCACAUAAAUCUCCAUCUCCAUCAUCACAAGAUGAAAUCAAACGCUAUUCCUAAAGUAAGAAAGCAUCUCCAAAAUAUUCCUAAUAUUUAAAUUCCAAAUAAUCAAAUACCUACUUUUUAAAUCAUCUUAAAACAUAAAUGACAAGAAUAGAUAAAAACUUAAAUUAAUUAAUUCAAACUAGUAGAUAAUAAAUUACUGAACCAGAUGAACCAAUUAUUACUUCCAAAAGAACUAAAUAAACUAUCAUUAAAACAACUAAAACACAUCAUUAAACAUACAAAUCUGCAUACAGUAUUGCUCUUAAUAAAAGAUUUCUACACCCUAAGAGAACCCAUAAUACUAAUCUUCUUACUAAAACCUAAUAAGCAUUGUCAAAAUAUGCUAUAAAUUAUAUUAAUUGA